AUGUAAAAUAAUCAAGGUCCAGCCACUUAAGAAUAAUCUAUUAACUAAGAGAAUAAGUAGGAAACAAGAUUAUGCAGUAUCUGCCUGACUUUCUUUGGAACAGCAGCCACUUAAUUUUAUUGUUCUAAGUGUUACUAGUAAUCAUUUUAAUGAUUUUUUCAUUUAGAUCAAUACUUAAGGAAACUAGUACAGAAACUAAGUAACAAUAACAGGUUGUCUAAGAAAUAAAAUAGCUUGAUGAAGUAAUAAAGAUGAAAGUAAAAAUAAUAAUUUAGUCUAUAUCAGGAAGAUCCAUCGAAAUGUAAGGUUUGUAAGAGAAAAUUGGGAAUUUCUGGCAUAUAAUGCAAAUGCGAAGCAUAUUUUUGCAAUAAACACCGUUUGCCAGAGGAGCAUUAAUGCACAUUUGAUCAUGCAGAAAAGGCUAAAUAAUUACUUAUUAAAAAUAAUCCACUUGUGAAUAUCAAAAAGCUGGAAGAAUUAUGA